AUCCAGCAGCCUUUCGCAAGGUAGCGGGGCCUUUUUUUUUUUCUUUCUUUUUCUUUUUCCUUCAUUCUCUGUCUUUUAAUGUAACAGUAACCUGUCGUUUCUGCUUGGAGGAUCUAAGAAGAAUUCACGAUUGCUCUGCUGUGUCUAACCUAGGAAUUUCAAAUGGGGCUUCUCAGAAUUCACAUCUGGUCCCCCUAACUGGCGAUCAGGAUUGUGAAGUCUUCCAAAAUAGCCCUUUCCAUCUUACGUAAUGAGAGACCCAGAGAAGCUCUGGCUUUUCCACGGUACAUAAUCUAUAUUUACUCUCCUCCCCGACACACACACACACCCGCUCCCUCUCCCGUGCGCGUGUGUGCGCGCGCGUGUGCGUGCGUUUCCUUUCGUUUCUAGCAUUAGGAAACUCGUUCGCGGCCACUGGAAAGUCAGGAGCGGCUCAAAUCUGAUUUCCCACGGAUUCCUACCUCCACCGUCAGAUACCGUCCGGAAACGGUGCCACCAAAUAAGCAUGGGGCUGUGAUCCUGGAGAGCCCGCGCACCCCUACCCAGAGAGGAAGCGCCAGAGGAAGGCGAGCCCGGAAGGCGAGCAGCUGUUCGCGUUGGCUGGCGAGGAAAAGUGCGGCGCGGGGCCCGGCCCGGGCUUCGGGCCCCUGACUUCAGCACCGGAGGGGAUGGACAGCGUCUCCGGACCCGGCUGCCGCCGCCGGGACCGGACUGCGCCGCCGCGGGCCUCGCCGAGGGCAGCCCGGCUCCCCGCGCCUCGCAGCUAAGAGGCUGCGCUCCCGGUGCCCCCGCGCCCCCCUCCCCGGCCGUGACCGACGGAAAGGAGCCUUCUUUUCCCUGCUGCGACCCCCGAGCAGGGCUCCGAGGAGCCCUCCUGUUCCACGGAUCAAACUCUCCGCAGCAACUUCGAGAAUAAUUUCCUCCGGGGGCCAGAGGGAUAGGGGCCGAAGAGUGAGGCCGAAGUUCUCGGAGCCGCUGAGAAACCAUGGGCUCUGCAGUCGGGGUCCGAGUGCUCCGAGGCCCACUCUUCUCCAAAUAAACAGGAUGCUCGUGAGAGGGUUGCACCUGUUCUGGAAAUAGCUUUGUGAGACGAGGUUGCAGACCUACUCACAACCUGACGUUAGAGAAACUGGAAGAAUUCCAAUUCCUUUACUUGGCAGACUACCCUCCAGAAUGUUGAGAUUGCCAGAGAAGUGACCUCCGCAAAAGGAAAAUAUUACUCUACUGAAAUUCAAACGACAUCCUUUGCGGUGCCGCAGCACAUGGAUUUCAGGACUACCUGUGAGGAGACAAAGACAGGGAUUUGUUUGCUGCAGGAUGGUAAUCAGGAGCCUUUCAAAGUGCGGCUGCACCUGGCCAAAGAUAUUCUGAUGAUCCAGGAACAGGAUGUGAUAUGUGUGUCUGGUGAGCCUUUCUAUUCUGGUGAAAGAACGGUGACCAUUAGAAGACAAACUGUAGGAGGAUUUGGAUUAAGCAUAAAGGGGGGAGCGGAACAUAACAUUCCAGUUGUCAUUUCAAAAAUCUCCAAGGAGCAAAGAGCUGAGCUCUCAGGGCUGCUCUUUCUUGGGGACGCAAUUCUACAGAUAAAUGGGAUUAAUGUGAGAAAAUGCAGACAUGAAGAAGUGGUUCAGGUUCUUCGGAAUGCCGGAGAAGAAGUGACCCUGACGGUCUCAUUUUUUAAAAGAGCACCUGCUUUCCUCAAACUCCCACUGAACGAAGAUUGUGCAUGUGCACCGAGUGACCAGAGCAGUGGCACCUCGUCUCCCCUCUGCGACAGUGGCUUACACCUCAACUAUCAUCCCAACAACACAGACACGCUGUCCUGCUCUUCGUGGCCCGCGUCCCCGGGCCUGCGGUGGGAAAAGCGAUGGUGUGACCUCAGGCUGAUUCCUCUUCUCCAUUCCCGGUUCUCCCAGUACGUGCCCGGGACAGACCUGAGUCGGCAGAACGCUUUUCAAGUCAUCGCGGUGGACGGGGUCUGCAGUGGGAUCAUCCAGUGCCUCUCUGCUGAGGACUGUGGCGAAUGGCUGCAUGCGGUAGCCACCAAUAUUUCCAGCCUCACAAAGCACAACAUUAGAAAAAUCAACAGAAACUUUCCUGUAAACCAGCAGAUUGUCUACAUGGGCUGGUGUGAAACACGGGAACAAGACCCCCUCCAGGACCGCGUGUACUCGCCGACGUUCCUAGCCCUGAGGGGCUCGUGUCUUUAUAAGUUUCUGGCACCUCCAGUGACCACGUGGGACUGGACCCGAGCAGAGAAAACGUUUUCAGUUUACGAGAUUAUGUGCAAGGUUCUCAAGGACAGUGACCUGCUGGACCGGCGGAAACACUGCUUCACUGUGCAGUCCGAGUCUGGGGAGGACCUCUACUUCUCCGUGGAGCUAGACUCUGACCUCGCCCAGUGGGAAAGAGCCUUCCAAACAGCAACCUUUCUGGAAGUGGAACGGAUACAGUGCAAGACAUACGCGUGUGUGCUGGAAAGUCACCUGAUGGGGCUCACGAUCGACUUCAGCACAGGCUUCAUCUGCUUUGACGCUGCGACCAAGGCAGUACUUUGGAGGUAUAAGUUUUCUCAGCUUAAAGGUUCUUCAGAUGACGGCAAGAGCAAAAUCAAAUUUUUGUUUCAGAAUCCAGAUACUAAACAGAUUGAAGCAAAGGAGCUAGAAUUUUCGAACCUAUUUGCUGUUCUUCACUGCAUUCACUCUUUCUUUGCUGCCAAGGUGGCUUGUUUGGACCCUCUCUUCUUAGGCAGUCAGGCCACUGCUUCCGCCACUCCCAGCUCCGGCAUGAUGAGCAAAGCCAAGUACAUGACCUGACAGCCUGAGCUUGGCAUCCCUCUUACCUUGACUUAUAAACAGAACAGUCAUACUCGUCGCUAUAGACACUGGAGAAGCAAUCACAUCAUCAAGUCAACAGUGAAGCCAAGUUGAAAUUUCAGCAGAAAAGAAGAAGCUCAUACGGAUCUCAGAAGCAUUUCUGUUUGGAAGGCCUCUGGGAAUCAUCCUGAAUGAACAGGAUAGCUUGCUCUCUGUCGGUGGGUCGGUGCCAGUAUGUUGCUUUCAUCAGAAGAGAAGAGGAAAGAAUGAAUGACUGGAGUAUGUAAAUAAUAUAAAAAAUUGUAAGCUACCUAUAAAU